AUGGCAGAUUUCGACCACUGGCAGACACUCUGGGACGAUGAGCGGAAAGGCUACUGUUGCAAUCGUUGCGGCCGCGCUUGCCCAGAGGCAAUCGUCGCUGUCGUUCCAGCGCCUCCUCCGCCACCGCCGCCGCCGCCUCCGCUUCCGGCGCCACCGACGGAAGCGCCGGUAUUCGUCGCGGAGUUCAACUGCAACGCCGGCUUCAGAAAUUGGUAUUUCGGCUGGUCCCAUUCGAAGAAGCACUGGUGCUGCCAGCACUUCGACAUGGGUUGCCCGGGUACGUGGAACGGGCCGGACCAUCCAGAAGCGACAGGCUCUGGGGUUUAA